UAGGGAUCGAAGGCAAGAAAAGUUUUAGUACUCACUUGAAAAGCCAGGCCGAACUGUUUAGUACCUGUUCUCUUCUCUUCUCUUAUCUUCUCAUCCCAGUCUCACUUUGCCUCGCGUCUCUCAGUAUGGGUUCUGGUUGGAGAAGAGCCUUUUGCACUAGCGACCCAGAUAAUUCCACAAUACGCACCAAACACAGAACCCAAAGCCCUACUCCUUCCCCCAGAAGCUGCGUCAGCCUCGGCUUUCUCUCUUCAACAAUCACAGAAUUAUCAUCAAAUAGCAGUCCCAAAUUUCAAACCAAAACCAACACCUCAAAUUCAAAUUCUCCUCUCUCUCCUAAGCUCAACCUCUCCCUCUUCGGAAACAGUUUCAAAUUCAGAAAUAAUUGUGGAAUCUGUUCGAAUAGCGUGAAGACAGGGCAGGGAACUGCCAUUUACACUGCAGAGUGCGGUCACGCGUUUCACUUCCCAUGCGUCGUUUCCGUUUCCCAUGCACGCACCAACGUCUGCCCCGUAUGCGACGCCACGUGGAACGACGUGCCGCUUCUGCAAAACAACGCCGAGAAACAAAAUCAACCGAUUCAUCAUCAUCGUUCCGAUUCUGUCUCCUCCUACGAUGACGACGAGCCUCUUCCUUCUCCUCUCACAUGCUCCGCACAAAUCGCUCCAAUCCCCGAAGAUGAAGAAAACGACGACGUAUCCGAGUUCCCUGGCUUUUUCGUCGAUCCAAAGCCUCAAUCCUCGUUGAGACAAAACGACGGUGGUGAUUCGAGGAGCGUUCGAGUGAAGCUGAUGCCGGAGUGCGCGGUCAUAUCAGUUUCGCAAAGCCACGAAACACGUGCUUUGGUUUUAAGAGUGAAAGCUCCACCGGUGCUGUCGCCGCCGCGAUGGCGGCGGCCUCCGAUGGAUCUCGUGACGGCGCUUGACGUUGGAAACAGCAUGAGCGGCGCGAAACUUCACAUGCUAAAGCGCGCGAUGCGGUUGGUUAUAUCUUCUCUCGGCGCGGCUGACCGGCUCGCCGUCGUGGCUUCCGCGGCUGAUUCCAAACGGUUGCUACCGCUGCGGAGAAUGACAGCUCAGGGACAACGCGCGGCUCGGCGCGUCGUAGAUAGGCUCGUGUGUGGCCAUGGAAACAGCGUUGGUGAAGAAGCAAUGAACAUAGCCGCGAAGGUUCUCGAAGAUCGGAGAGAGAGAAACACUCUCGCUAAGAUUUUGCUCUUAUCAGACGGUCAAGAUAACGCCAACAACAAAAAUCAACGGAGAUUCUUAAGCCACGUGUCUUCUUCCAUCCGGUUCGAUUGUAUCAAAGUUCCGGUUCUUUCGUAUGGCUUCGAGACGAAGAGAACCGGCUUAAUGCACGAACCGUUAGAGGAUGAUUUUGCAUUAUACGUUGAUAGAACAUUGAGUGUGGCGGUGCAUGAUUUGAGAAUUCAGCUUGGUUUCUCGGCGCCGGCGGAAAUCCGAGCCGUUUAUUCAUGCAGCGGGGGACCCACUGCGCUGAGUACUAGCGCGGCUCGGCUUGGUGAUUUAUACGCCGAAGAAGAGAAGGAAUUGUUAGUAGAGGUUAGAGUGCCCACGUCAGCAUUGGGGACCCACCACGUGAUGACAUUGCGGUGUGUUAAUAUUAACAAAGACCCUGUGUCUCAAGAGUUUGUAUACGGUGCGGAACAUGUGUUUACGGUGGUGCCGCCGCCUAAGAGUAUUCCAAUUUGUGGCGGUAGGGUGGAGCGGCUUAGAAAUGUGUUUAUUACGAGCCGAGCCGUAGCCGAGUCGCGGAGGCUGGCUAAGCACAACGAUUUUUCGAGUGCUCAUCAUUUGCUUUCUUCGGCUCGGGCGCUUUUGGCUCAGCUUGGCUCGGCUGAGGAAUACGUACGUGGCUUGGAAGCCGAGCUUGUGGAGCUUCAGUGGCGGAAGCAGCAGCAACGGGUUGAGAGGGAGGCGAGGUGGGUGGAUGAGAGUGGUGAGGUUUUAACGCCGACGUCGGCUUGGAGAGCCGCUGAGAAGCUGGCUAAAAUGGCUAGGAUGAAGAAGUCCUUGAACAAAGUGAGCGACUUGCACGGCUUCGAGAAUGCUAGGUUUUAAUAAUGCUUAGUUGUAAUUUGUAUUUUUAUAAAAAGAAAAUGUAGGUUCCCGAAAAUGUAUAAAAUAAAAUAAAAGUAUGGAAUUGUAGUUACUGGUUACA